AUGGCAACACCGGCGCGCACCCAACCUCCAUGGAAGCAACCCGAAGGCUCAAGUCCAGCCAAAUUGAAAGUCUGGAACUCUUUGACCAGAUCAAAGAAUGACUUCGUACCCAUCGAUCCCGAAGGCAAGGAAGUGAAGUGGUAUAGCUGCGGUCCUACAGUCUACGACGAUGCGCACUUGGGGCAUGCUCGAAACUACGUCACAAACGAUAUCCUACGGAGAAUUCUUGCUCACUACUACGGCUACAAGCUGAAGUUCGUCCAGAACAUCACUGACGUUGAUGACAAGAUCAUUCUGCGCGGGCGCCAGCAAUAUCUCCUUGGAAAGUUCAAGGCCGACAACCCAACGGUGACGGAGGAAGUUAUCAACACUACCAUCAAAGCCUUCGACGCAUAUGUUAAGAAGAACCUACCCCUACUCAAUCCGGACGUUACUAUUGGCAGCUUCAACAGCGAUUCUGCAGAGAAGUAUGCCAACGUUAUCCAAGGCAAGUCUGUCGAUGGCGUUGGCCCGCCAGGCGAUAAGGAGGCGAAGAUCAAGAUGCAUCUCCGAACAGCUAGCACAGCAGUAACAUCGUUACUUGCUCCAUCGAAGACUACACCCGAAGAUAUUGAGAUCUUCUAUGUUGGCGCCGAGGAUGUCCUACUACCAUACCUCGACUCACUCUAUGGCUCAACUAUCGACGCCAGUGAUCACUCGGUCUUCACAACACUCACCAAGAAGUACGAGGCACGCUUCAACGAGGAUAUGCGCGCACUCAAUGUUUUAGACCCAGAUGUUGUCACCCGCGUCACUGAGUACGGCGACGACAUUGUUGCUUUCGUAGACAAGAUCAUCAAGAACGGUAUGGCCUACAGCACAUCGGAUGGAUCUGUCUACUUCGAUAUUGAGAGUUUCGAGAAGAGAAAGGGCAACCACUACGCACGCCUUGAACCAUGGAACAGGGGUGACACGAACCUGCAAGCAGAUGGCGAAGGUGCCCUGUCAACAGUCAAGACAUCUGAAAAGCGCAACGACUCUGACUUUGCUCUAUGGAAGUCUUCUAAACCGGGAGAGCCAGCGUGGAAGAGCCCAUGGGGUCCUGGUCGACCAGGAUGGCAUAUCGAGUGCUCCGUCAUGGCUUCAGCCGUAUUGGGCGAACAGAUGGACAUCCACAGCGGAGGUAUCGAUCUUUGCUUUCCCCAUCACGACAAUGAGCUUGCACAGUCAGAGGCCUACUGGCAAAAAGACGGUGGUUCCCAGUGGGUAAACUACUUCCUUCAUAUGGGUCAUCUGUCUAUUUCAGGAUCCAAGAUGUCUAAGAGCUUGAAGAACUUCACGACAAUUCGAGAAGCCUUGAGCCGCGGCGACUGGAAUGCCAGAAGUUUGCGUAUCAUCUUCCUCCUUGGAGGCUGGCAUGACGGUAUCGAGAUCACACCAGAUAUGCGAAAGUCGGGUUCGUCUUGGGAGAGCUAUGUGACAAACUUCUUCUACAAGAUUCGGGAUCUUGAGGUUCACCCAAACAUCAGCUCAACAGGCGCGGAAGACGAGAAAGUUAAGAAGUCUUUUGAAGUUGCGAAAGAGAAGGUUCACAGUGCGCUAGCCGACUCUUUCGACACGCCUACAGCUAUGCGUGCCAUAUCUAGUCUUAUCACAGACUACAAUUCAGCCGACAAGGCUGGACUGUCCGAUGACGUGUCCUUCGACGUCGCUCGCUACAUCACUCGAAUGGUCCGGGUAUUCGGUCUGGACGGUUCAGCCGACCCAUGGGACGGCGGUAUCGGCUGGGCUGGCAUUGAUAUUCCUGCUGCUGCCAAGGAGCACGUAUACGCUGUCUCGCGAGAACGCGAUCAGGUCCGGCAACAUGCCAUCGCUGGUGAUCUUAAUGAGAAGUUAGACUCCAUCAUCGAACAGCACACCCCCGCGAAGCAGCAAGACAUCGAAGCACUCCCAUACGCCGAAGUACUUUCAACCUUCCAAGAAUCCCUACAAAACCUGGCGAAGAAGCAAGCGCCGGCAAAGGACUACCUCGACUUGUGCGACCAGCUGCGUGACACGCACCUUUGGGAUCUUGGUAUCUACCUUGAGGAUCGCGAGAACGCCCCCGCCAUGGUCCGCCCCGUUGAUGCCGAACUGCAAGCAGCGCGUUCCCAGAAAGAGGAAAUCGCUCGUCAAAAGGCCGAAGCAAAGCUCAAGCGCGAACGUGAAGAGGCGGAGAAAAAGGCUAAGCUUGCGGAACAAGCUAAGAUCAACCCGAAGGAUAUGUUCAGGACGGAGGAGUACAGUGCGUGGGAUGAGGAUGGUAUGCCAACCAAGGAUAAAGAUGGCGCUGAUGUGGCGAAAGGAAGGGUGAAGAAGCUUAGGAAGGAGUGGGAGAAGCAGAAAAAGCUGUUUGAGGAGCAUUUGAAGGCAUAG